CUAAAACGAUGUAGUUUAUAGCUUUAGAUCACGGGAACCUCGCAAAAUGACAAAAUCUCAAAACAGAGCCAAAUUCCAAAUGCCCUAGGUGACAAGAAUCAGACAAAACACAAAAUCCCGGUUCAAAAAAAAUCCCAAAAAGAACAAACCCAUGAGUCAAUCAGAUUACGCAUCCAGUUCACUACCAAAAGAGAUAGCUCUCGAAAUUGCAUCUUCCCUUGAGGUACCGACUCUUUCUUCAUCGGGUUGUUGUUCUCGGGAUUGGCAAGAAAUAUGCAGGUCGGAUUGUUUAUGGGAGUCGCUUUUUAAAGAAAGAUGGCCUCUUUUAUACGAAGCUGAUAAAGACCCUAACUUCAAGGACUGGCGAGGAUUUUAAAGCAGCACGAAGAGGAGACGCGUCAAGCCAAAUCCGUCAUUAAUUUGGUGGAACAAUGCUCGCAAUUCGGUUCACUCGAGGCUGUAGACUAUCUGCAUGCGAUCAAUUGCCUGGAAAUGAUGCAGUUCGGUUUCAGAGAUGUUCAAAUGCUGCUGUUGAAACCAAAGCUGAAUGUUCUGCUUAACUUGAUCGGACUACAUUACUGCCUUAACAACCUUCAAGUGCCGCUAAACUUCUUUACCAUUCAUUUUCGUCUUGGAUCAUGUCGAAAUAGUGUUUAGUGUUGUAGUGAAAUAUUUUGGCUUAAGUUAUUAAUUGAUAGAUAUCGCUAUUGGUUGUUCAUGUUGUGGAAUUCGUGUUUAUGUUGAAGAUUGGUUCUAAUAAGCUUUGAAGAACUGAAAUUCUUCGAUGACCGGCGGAAUGGAAGCUUCUUUUAUUUGAUGAUGAUAA